CUUAAUUACUGCGUCAUUUUCGGUACCGGUUCGUACGGUAUGGUACAUUGAAUUACAGAGCGAAACGAAUUUUUCAAGGUGCGAGAAAAUCAUUUCUGUUGUUGUUGAUCAAGUAAUCAAGUAAGAGUAGCGUUCGGCUGUACUACGUACCUCGCACGAUAGUUUGACUACUGGAAAAAAAGCUCAUCGGAUUGUUCAUAACUACUAUCCCUCAAUUUUAGAUGACCGAAGACGAGGUGCCAACGAAUACUACGAACAUUGUCAUGGGUAACUGUCUUGGAGCUUCCGACGAACCACCAGCACCGGAACCAGCACCCCGUUCCAAGGGCUCUGGAAGUGGUUCGAAACCGGUGAGAAAUUAAUACUUUCAAGAAGAUUCAUUCAUUUGUACUUGAAUUAACUUGAUCGGUUUCAAAAAUAGAACGGACCAACCAAUCUCAUCUCAUCUCAUCUCAUCACGUCGUAUCGUAUCCGAUCUGGUUGUCAAUAUUUAUCUUUUCUUCUCUCCAUUCUACAUGUUUAGUCGUCGGGUAGUAAAUCAAAAUCCAAGAAGAAAUCCUCCUCUGAUGGAUUAGUGGAGGGGUCGUCCACCGGAAAACACUUCAGCGAAGUCUACAAGCUUGGAAAGCAGGUGCGUUACGGUAGAUCGAAAAAUGGGUGUUGCGUUCCGGGAUGAAUGAAUGAUUCUACUCCCAAAUAUGCGACAACAUGUCAAACAAUAGUCUGAGCAUUUGAGACAGUUUUUCCCCAAACAAUAACUCACCACCCGUGCCUGUUGCCGUUACGUAUUGAUCCAUAUUGUUUUAUCUGUUUUGACAUUGUUGAUCUUAAUGAAUAACUUCUGCGCUUCGUCCUUGUUUCAAACGCGUCUUUUUAUGAUCAUCAAAUCUCCCAUGUGUCAUCGAUUUUGGCCUUUGAAUUUUCGUUGUGUUGAAUAAAAUGCAAAAUAUGAAAUCAUAGCUCGGAGAAGGUGCCUUUUCUGUCGUCAAGGAAGGACAGAACCGCCAGUCGCAAAAAUCAUUUGCGAUCAAGAUUGUUACAAAGGCAAAGCUUUCAAAGGAAGACGAAGUCGCGCUCAAAGAUGAGAUCGACGUGCUAAAGGAUAUGGAACAUAAGCACAUUAUCCGUCUGUACGAUGUAUUCGAGGAACCUCACCACUAUUACUUGGUAACCGAAAAGAUGGGUGGUGGCGAACUUUUUGAUCGAAUCGUUCAAAAAUCCUACUAUAAUGAAAAGGAAGCUCGUGACACGUGCUUGAUUCUGUUAUCUGCCAUUCACUACUGUCACGACCAGAAGGUCGCUCAUCGUGAUUUGAAGCCGGAGAACUUGUUGUUGACUGUGAGUGUGAAAAGUCGACGACUAUUGGAAAUCAUCUCUGUUUUUCUUCUGGGAUCUCAAUUUAAUAUUCUCGGUUUCUUUUGUCGUCGUUUGAUAAAUGCCUUUGCGAUUGGAAUUUUUCGAAUUGAGUAGAGUGAAAAGGAUGAUUCAUCUAUUAAGAUCGCAGAUUUCGGUUUUGCUAAGAGGGUGAAAACACCCAAAUCUUUGACAACUCAGUGUGGAACGGUAAGCCAAAAACAUAUGAAUUCURUUUCCUCCCGUCUUUUUUGGGUUUCACAGUGAAUACAAAACACGGCUCGAUUUUACUUGUUGCUUAAGUACUAACUUGGCAUUUUUUUGGGUGCAUCACGAACUACUUUGAUGACGCUGCCGAAACCGGAAUUCGGGAAACUCGGAACCGCAUUUGAAAAAYUGAAACCGAAAAACAGCCUGGAUACGUAGCGGCUGAAAUUCUAGAAGGACAGCCCUACGACACUCAGGCAGACAUGUGGUCUAUCGGUGUGAUUGUAUACAUUCUUCUCGGAGGUUACCCGCCCUUCAUCGAAUCAAAUCAACGGACGCUCUUCCGUAAGAUCCGAAAGGGACAGUACGAAUUCCAUGAGGAGUACUGGGGACAAGUUUCCGAGGACGCGAAGGAUUUGAUUCGUAGUUUGCUGACUGUGAACCCUGACAAACGUCUCAGUGCGACAAAGGCGCUUUCGAACAAAUGGAUUGGUGCCGAUGCUUCUACGCUUGCCAGUAUGGAUCUUGGAACCAAUCUUGAGAAGUUCAAGCAGUUCAAUGCCAAGCGCAAAUUCAAAGCCGCAGUCAGCACCGUCAUGGCGGCUAACAAAAUGCAGUCGCUUGGGAUCAAUUUCAAACAAAAUCUGGAUUAAGAGGUGUACUGUGCAUUGCGUUAUUAUUAAUGGUUUUUUAGUCAGGGAUUGAAUAUGGUGCAUCACAGAAACUGAUCCAUGCGACACACAUUACGGGAGAACCCCGGGAAUCGCAGUGAAUAACAUUAUUGUCAUGUUUACGUCUUCACAGAAGCGUAAGCGUAGUUAUAAUGUCUAGUAAUACUUGUUAGAUAAAAUGAKAUGCGUUCGUUCUACUUUUUUGAUACCCGCCGAAUUUGAUGUUGCCUUUCACCAMCUGAUAAUUUCGGAUCCUAUUGGUUAGUGCUUUGCGUCGGAACAUGAGAACUCGAGUUUUCAUAUCGCUUUGGCACGGCUCCAAACAUGAAUUUACUCCUUAAAUCGUACUCUACCGAUGUUCUCACACCAACCAUCUCAUCACCCUAGAGCACUUGUGCCUUACAAGAGACCAUUGCUUGCCAUAAAGCCCGCCACCAAUG